UUUAGAAUCGAGAGUAACAGUUUUUCUUGUAAGUGAGUUCAAAUGUCGAAACUAUUUCAACAACUGAUUAUGCUAUCUUGUGCCGUUUACAUGGCCUCAGCAAGUCUUGCAAUCGCUCUCCCGAAUUCAAGAUUCCCAUCGAAAUGCUAUGACGGUGAGAAAACUUACGAUGUUGGUGUCCAUUACCCAGGAAAUAAAUGUGAAAGCAUAAUAUGCCAGGAGGAUUUGAGCCUUCUUUUUAGAACUUGUGGCUCGGAAGCAGCGCCCGAUGGAUACGAAAUUGUACAAGAUUUAAGCAGAAAGUAUCCAGAAUGCUGUUCCAAACUAACUGUGAAGAAGAAGAAGAGUGAACAGAAGUAAACCUAAUGAGCCUAUUCGGGCGACACCCUCAUAUGUUUCGAAAUUAUUG